AUGAUAAUUUGCUCAUGGAAUGUGAGGGGUCUUAUUGACCCUAAUAAGACAAGAGAAUUGAAAAGCUUUUUGUCAGUGAAUAAAGUUGAUGUGAUAGCUAUUCUAGAAACAAGAGUAAGAGAGAACAAUAAUAGUAAAAUCCAGCAGAAGCUAGGUGGUGGGUGGAACUGGCAUUGCAAUUCUUCCUGUAAUCCCAGAGGGAGAAUUUGGUUAGUUCAUGGGGAAUUGGUAGAUAGCAAGGGUGUCUCUAUGUGUCUUAUUACUUUUGUGUAUGGGCUGCAUACUGUUGAAACCAGGAAGGCUUUAUGGUCAGCUCUCUCAGGGAUUGCUGAUAUGGUUCCUUCUUCUCCUUGGUUAGUCCUUGGAGAUUUCAAUGCUGUUCUUGCUAGCCAUGAUAGAACCAAUGGAACCAGUGGUUUAGGUGACUCAAGGGUACCUAGUAGGAUUGAUAUAGCUUUGGAAAAUGGUUGCUGGAUGCUGAAGUAUGGGCACUUAGCUGUGGAUUAUCUUAAUCCUUCUAUUUCAGACCACUCUCCUCUAUUGUUAAAAUUUGGGGAUGAUCACAGAGAAGGGGGUAGACCUUUCAAAUUUUUUAAUUUUCUGUUGAAGACCCUUCACAAAGAAGAGUUUGCAGGUAUCUCUAUGAGGAUUCAAAAAGCUCAGCAAGAAUUGGAAGAAGUUCAGAGUCAGCUUGGUACUGAUCCUACAAAUUUUUUGUUGCAAGUUGAUGAGAAGGUUUACACUGAAAAGCUCAGGAAGUGGUUAUCUGUGGAAGAAUCUGCUUUGAAACAGAAAUCUAGAAUCCAGUGGUUAGCUGAUGGGGAUUCUAACUCUAAGUUUUUCUAUGCUUCUGUUAAGCAAAGGAGAAAUGUUAACAGAAUUUCUCUGUUGUAUACUGAUCAAGGACAUAAGAUUGUGGAUCCAGGAGAGAUUACUUUAAAGAUUCAAAAGUUCUAUGUUACCCUUCUAGGAACUUCUGCCACUCAUCUUUCUAAACCUGAUCUUCCCACUCUUAGAUCAGGUUCUAGGUUGUCUAGAGAUGCAACUCUUUCUCUGUGUGUUCCAGUUACUAAUGCUGAGAUAGAUAUGGCACUUAAAUCUAUUGAUGACAAUAAGGCUCCUGGUUUGGAUGGAUUUAAUGUUGUGUUUUUCAAGAAAGCAUGUGUAGGGGAAUACAGUUAA